AUGCCCUGCUAUCGCCCCUCCCGCUCCAAGCGCACUGCCGACACUCCCCAGGACACCCGCUGGCAGCCCUCUCAGGAUGACUUUGAGCUCCUGCUCGCUAUGCUCUUCCAGUCCCGCAUCGUAUGCUUCCCCACCAAGGAGGAGCGUGUUGCAAUGGCCAACCGCCUGAAUGUCACCGAACGACAAGUCCAGGUCUGGUGCCAGAACAAACGACAGAAACUGCGUGAGAGUGGGAUCGGAUACUCGGACCCUCGGGCGCCUGCGCUUGUCAUUGCAGAGCGCGGCAAGGUCGCUCCAGCGAGUAUGUCGGUUCCCCCGCUCCCCCAGCUCCCCACGCCACCCAAGUCCCACCGCAAACUGCCCAAAGUACAUUCCUCGCGCCACACGAACCCGAACACGGCCAUUACGCCUAUUGAACUUGCCCCUGUCUCCCGAGUGACGCUCGAUGUCACUCCAACUGCCUUCACACCGCCACCCCCUAAGCUUCCCGAGCUCGUAAUCCACACUCACACUUCACCCCGUCACAUUCUGCGCGAAAUCGUCCGCACUUCUCCAUUCCAAGAGUCCCCGAUCGCCUCUUCGCCACCAGAGCUCUCAUUUGACGAUGACGAUGAACUAGAGUCGAUCGCGACUGCCUCGGAAUUCAGCUCGCCCCCUCCCCAUCCCACUCGUCCAACCCACCUGGGACUUUCCUAUGGUCACUACCGUCUAUCCGUCCAACCACACCCCACGGCCCUCGAAAUAUCCGAUUCCGCCCUCGACCUCUUCCCCCAACCGCUUUCGCUUUCCUACGAUUGGCUGCGGGACAGUUGCCAGUGUCCCCAAUGCGUCCAUCCCUCGACCAAGCAGAAACUGUUCCGAACCGGAGACUUUGCCCGCCCUCUCCCCACCGGCGCUUCCUUCGCCAAUGAUGGGUCCCUCCAUGUACAAUGGCAAGACGGCCACCCCUCGGUGUUCUCCCUUGAUUUUCUCCGUCGGUGCGGUGAUCCGACCGGCCGAACGCGGGCCAAGUCCCAUUUCGAGCACACGAUCGCACGCCGUCCGUGGGACCUAAAUCUGCUCCCGUCUGAGCGAUUUAUGGACUACGAAGCCAUCAAGCGCGACCCGCUUCCUGCCUACCUUCAAUUGUUGCGCUAUGGCAUCUUGAUUGUUCGCGGCUUGCCUCAUCAGACAACGCUCUUGCAUUGCAUCAAGAACCGCGUCGAGGGUGGGACGUCUGUAUUCGUCGAUGCGAUCAAGGCUGCCAACGAUCUAUGGCAUCAGGACCGCGCGUCGUUUGAGCUUGCCCCUCCCCAUCUUCAAUCAACCGACCCGUCCGGUCCACCCGAGAUCGCGCAUAUCAACUAUUCCCCUCCGUUCCAGGCCCCGCUUGCGCCCGAUACUCCAGCACUGGUAUAUACCGCUCUCCGCAAGUACGCCGAGUUGCUCGCUCGGCCGCAUGCUCGGUUCGAGUACACGCUGGCCGAGGGGGACUGUGCCGUGUUUGAUAAUCGUCGAGUGUUGCACGCCCGUACCGCGUUUUGGGAUAAAAAUGCCAAGCAAGGCAAAGCUGAGGAGACGAACCGGUGGUUAAAGGGGUGUUAUGUCGAGGUGGACGAUUUGUGGGAUCGGACGCGGGUGUUAUUGGCCAAAGCAGGGGCAAGGGAGGUGUAG